AGUGGAAAGCGGGAGCAGUUCCCGUCGAUGCCCUCUGCUCGAUCGAUACUUACCUUUGCCGUUGGAGUCGACACAGAUGCAGAGAAGAUGCGGAUCGGAGGGCAGGGUGGUGGGUGUAGUUUGAUCGUCUAGAGAAGCCGCGGUCGGUUGUGAAUGGUAUCCGUCGUCAAGUGGCCUGGAAAAUGGACUAGAAUGGUGUGUCUCAAUCUCUGAUCUCAUGCGCCAGCCCAACCACUCGACUUGCAUUUCAAUGAAGGCUGAGCGAUCUGCAGUAGUGUUCAUUACCGCGAGAAUCAGUGGACGAAGGUGUUGAUCACACGUGAAUUUGCCAGCGGAUGAGCGUCUGGCCGGGCUGCUGAGCGAAGGUGACACGUGCUUGGCCUCAGAUGCCGUGGAUGAGGACUCGUUGGCACUAUGUAGAGGACGGAACAUAGCCAUGUUGUCCUCGCCUGGGGUCGCCGAAGUGCCGGUGGAGGCAACAGCGUUCCUCGGGGCGGUGGCAGCCUUCGUUGUGUUUCUCUUCGUGUUGUUUCUUUACCUGAAUAAGAAACUUUGCUUCUACACUGUGGGCGGCUUUCCUUGCUGCGACGACCCGCUCACCAAGACCGAUAAACUCAAGGAACUCGGCGCGGCUUACAACUAUGGUGAGGGCGAGAGUUCUAGUGACUCGGAGGAGGAAGUGAACAGCCGACUCUCCACCUCGAAAAGCUUCCCCUCGGCCUUGCGAGACAACUACUACCACUCCAACCACGCGCCCAACCACAAUCAUGCCACCCAUCACAACCACGCCCACCACAACCAUGCCAACCACGCGCCCGCCUACCACACCUACGGCCACCACUAUGGGCACCACAACUACCACCAGCUGGGGCCCACCAGGUCCUCCCUGCAGUACUCGGCGGGGGAGGAACCUGGGCAGCAGAGCAAGACGCGGGACUCAGGCCGAGCCGACGCCUGCCCUUGCGACACGACCAGCGACCUCAUCUCUCUCGCGGAGAAGGGCCGAGCGGGCGUGGCUGGGGAGGAGGAGCCAGUAGGCGUGGGCGUGGUUGUGUCCUCUUCGUCAGCCUCGUCCUCCGGCUCGACGACCAGCGGAGACGAUGACCUCCUGACGCACAGGGCGCUGAGACACCGCGACCCCCGCGCCUACCGCCAGAUGUCCCCCAACCGGUCCCCUUACGACGGCACUUACCACCAGGAAUGCCACGAGGACGGCACGGUCGGAGAGGCGCUCCUGGUACGCUGCGGAUCUAUCGAAGCAGGAUUUGCCUACGACCUUCCCACCAAGACACUAACGGUCCACAUCCUACAAGCCAAGGAUGUGCCGAGCAAGGAGCGAGGAGGCGCUGCCAACACUCAGGUGCGGAUACUGCUCUUGCCAGGCCGUAAACAAAAGCACAAGACUCGAAUUCGACCCGGGGAAAACCCGCAAUUCAACGAAGCUUUCGUGUUCACCAAAGUUAACCCAGAGGACGUGCAACAGCUAGGAGUCCGGCUGCGACUUUACGGAUGUGAGCGAAUGCGACGCGAGAAGAUGGUCGGCGAAGUGAUCGUUCCCUUUGCCAACAUCAACCUCACUCUCGGCAACACGUUUUGGCUCACCCUCGAACCCCGGGCUAACCUCGCCCGCUCCGACAGCAGAACGGAGGUAUGCAGCCUGACGAGGAGCGACUCCACCGGUUCCACCCACUCGGUCCACAGCGGCGUCCCUGAGCUCCUGGUGGGUCUGACCUACAACGGCACGACGGGAAGGCUGGCGGUGGAGGUCAUAAAAGGAUCGCAUUUCAGGCACGGUGAUGAUUUCAGGAACAUGGCGAACACCCGAGCUCCAGACACAUACGUGAAGCUGGUACUCAUGUCAUCCAGCGGUCAGGAGAUCGCCCACAGCAAAACAUCGGUGCGGCGGGGGCAGCCUAACCCACUGUUCAAGGAGACAUUCAUGUUUCAGGUGGCGCUGUUCCAGCUACCUGACGUAACGCUCAUGGUGUCUGUGUACACCAAGAGGAGUAUGAAGAGGAAGGACAUGAUUGGCUGGUUCGCUCUGGGCCUCAACAGCUCGGGAGAAGAGGAACUAGCUCACUGGAACCAAAUGCGAGACUCGAAAGGAGAGCAAGUCUGUCGCUGGCACGUUCUUAUCGAAUCCUAAGACGCUCUCUCUCGAUAGAGAUUCCCCUGCCUUUUAGCUUCGACUGUAUGAGGAGGGAGCUUCCUCCUUGAGGGCGUCAUCAUUUGACUUGGAUACGCCUGGAGGUUUUCACUGAAAUAUGCUGAAGAGUUUUUGAGUCUACCUUUCUCUAGGCCGUGCAAAAGGGGCGCUAAAUUGUUUAAUGCACUAUUCACCUCCCUCCCUCUGCGGAGGGAAGGCCUACUUUGGUUUCGGCCGUACCUUGAGUCUUUCCCUUGUUCUUUGUCACAUUUUGGGUCUCAGGUUCUCCCUGACUCUUGGCCUCUUGAGUCUGGGUUCACAUUCGACCAUACAUCCCAUUGCUGGGGUCGCCGACCUUGCAAAUGGAAUGUGUUAACGCAUCAUCUCCAGAGUUAAACAUAGCAUUGCAAUCUGCCUCACAAUGUCAUUAGCUUGUAUUUAUUUGGUUACUGUUUCCAGCCCUUUCUUAAAGAGUAUAUAGUGGUUCAAAAGAACAAUAAAUAGAUAUCAUCUUGAGACAUGUGAUAUUUUGUCUUGAGUGUGAAAUCUUUGUAUAAAAUUAUUCGUAAUAAUGAUUAAAAGAUACCUGGUACAUUCCAAAAACAAUGGCUUUAAUCUGUGAUUUCUCAGAGUAUAUAUAUAAUAUUUAUUGAUCAAAAAUACUGUAGACACUAUGAAGACGGAGCUGGUCUCCCACACUGUAUCGUCCCUGUACUGUACCUUGUCGUUACUCUUUAUAUUCACAAUCCCUCCCUGCUUAGCUAGAAAUACGAACUCUGACGUCACAACGAGCAUAAGAAACCGUGAUUGGCUGCUUCAAGUGGAGGCUCGUGUCCACUCACUCACGAUCGAACGCUUCUGUGCUGAUUUCAGAAACGGCAAAUAUUACUCGCAUUUCACACUAAUACAAAAUAUUGCCAAACUGCAAAUCCUCUUUGAAACCAAUGCCUUUUGGGGGAAAAUGCAUGUAGAGUCCUUAGUACAUCUUUUUCUUUUUCAUCUCCAUGGUCCUUCCUGUGGGUUAGUUUUCUUCACAUUUCUGUUUCGGAGCAGUUCACUUGGCUUGGUUCACACGUGUUAGGUUUAUGUCUUCCUGGUUAAAAGAUGUAGGUCUUUAACUUUGAGAACUAUAUUAUCAUGUUUCAAGAAUUCAUCCAGCAUGUAACUUAGAAACUUUUAUAUGUAAUGUGGAUGUUUUUGUAUAUUUAUUUGUUCAAGAACCAAAAAAAUCAGCAGCAGCAGCAA